CUCUUCCCUCAGCUCUUGGGUACCCGGCUCUGCAUCGCGCCGCCAUGAUGGGCCAUCGUCCCGUUCUCGUGCUCACUCCUACGGAUGGUAAAUGGAUUACAGAGGCAUUCUUCUUAUAUCCAAGCAUGGAGUGACUAUCUUGCAAACUGGGGUACUCGUGAAGACUUCCACAGUGCACUGGCCAGAACACAAAGCGUGAAUCUGGAAGAAAAGUUCAAUCUGGAAACAUCAGUGCUGCCAAGACUAUUGCAGACAUCAUCCGAACAUGUUUGGGACCCAAGUCUAUGAUGAAGAUGCUUUUGGACCCAAUGGGAGGCAUUGUGAUGACUAAUGAUGGCAAUGCCAUUCUUCGAGAGAUUCAAGUUCAGCACCCAGCAGCCAAGUCCAUGAUUGAAAUUAGCCGGACACAGGAUGAAGAGGUUGGAGAUGGGACCACAUCAGUAAUUAUUCUUGCUGGGGAGAUGCUUUCUGUUGCCGAGCACUUCCUAGAGCAGCAGAUGCAUCCAACUGUGGUGAUCAGUGCUUACCGAAAGGCAUUGGAUGAUAUGAUCAGCACCCUUAAUAAAAUUAGUACCCCCGUUGACACCAGUAAUCGAGAUAUGAUGCUGAACAUUAUCAACAGCUCCAUUACUACCAAAGCAAUCAGUCGGUGGUCCUCGUUGGCUUGCAACAUUGCCCUGGAUGCUGUCAAAACUGUACAGUUUGAGGAGAAUGGCCGGAAGGAGAUUGACAUCAAGAAAUAUGCGAGGAUAGAAAAGAUACCUGGGGGUAUCAUUGAAGAUUCAUGUGUUUUACGUGGAGUCAUGAUUAACAAAGAUGUGACCCAUCCACGAAUGCGACGCUAUAUCAAGAACCCUCGCAUUGUGCUGCUGGAUUCUUCUCUGGAAUACAAGAAAGGAGAAAGCCAGACUGACAUUGAGAUCACACGAGAGGAAGAUUUCACCCGAAUUCUACAGAUGGAAGAAGAAUACAUCCAGCAGCUCUGUGAAGACAUUAUUCACCUGAAGCCCGAUGUGGUUAUCACAGAAAAGGGCAUCUCAGAUUUAGCUCAGCACUACCUCAUGCGGGCCAAUAUCACAGCCAUCCGCAGAGUCCGGAAGACAGACAAUAAUCGCAUUGCUAGAGCCUGUGGGGCCCGGAUAGUCAGCCGACCAGAGGAACUGAGGGAAGAUGAUGUUGGGACAGGAGCAGGCCUGUUGGAAAUCAAGAAAAUUGGAGAUGAGUACUUUACAUUUAUCACUGAGUGUAAAGACCCCAAGGCCUGUACCAUCCUCCUCCGGGGGGCCAGCAAAGAGAUUCUCUCGGAAGUAGAACGCAACCUCCAGGAUGCCAUGCAAGUGUGCCGCAACGUUCUCCUGGACCCUCAGCUGGUGCCAGGGGGUGGGGCGUGUGAGAUGGCUGUGGCCCAUGCCUUGACAGAAAAAUCCAAGGCCAUGACUGGUGUGGAGCAGUGGCCAUACAGAGCUGUUGCCCAGGCCCUAGAGGUCAUCCCUCGUACGCUUAUCCAGAACUGUGGAGCUAGCACCAUUCGUCUACUUACCUCCCUUCGAGCCAAGCAUACACAGGAGAACUGUGAGACCUGGGGUGUCAAUGGUGAGACAGGUACUUUGGUGGACAUGAAAGAACUGGGCAUCUGGGAGCCAUUGGCUGUGAAACUGCAAACAUACAAGACAGCAGUGGAGACGGCAGUUCUGCUGUUGCGGAUUGAUGACAUCGUCUCAGGCCACAAAAAGAAGGGUGAUGACCAGGGCCGGCAAGGUGGGGCUCCUGAUGCUGGCCAGGAGUGAGUGGUGGGCAACAGGACACACAGAGCCACCAGUCUUCCCCUUCACUGAGCCAGACUGCCAGGGACACUGUGGAUGUCUUUGUUUGGAAGGGAUCAAGUUGAGGGGCAGCCCCAGUCCCUUUCUGUCCCAGCUCAGUUUGCAAAAGGCACUGACACGUAAUUCUUCUCUAUUGUAAGCUUUCCAUUUACUUUGCUUCCGAUGAUUAAAUCUAAGUCAUUUGAGACCGUUGUUAUGUGUUUUUCAACUUUGGGUCAUAUCUCUGCCUCCUGGCAAACAGCAAAGAGGCAGAACACCUUAUUGGGGAGUAAGGGAGAUGGGAAUACAGUCAUUAAGUGUUUUUAUUGCCUUCCUGAAGGGGUCUUCUUCAGACUUCUUAGUAGAUGCUGAUUGAAAACACUUUUGGAGUUCAAAGGAUGAUACUGUAAAGCUUAAAGAAGGAUCACCUUGCAUUUACCACCCAAAGAACAGGAGGAACCUGUCCAAACCAUGGGUGUUCCCCAUCUCUGGUUGUAUGUAGAGCAACACCCAGUUCAUGCUAGGGUUCAGGCACGUGUCCUAAAGCACUCAGAACAUCUGUUUAUUGCCCUGGCUGGCGUGGCUCAGUGGACUGAGCAUGGGCCUGCGAGCCAGAGUCACCGGUUUGGUUCCCAGU